UCAAAAAUCAAAACUAAUCCGAGAAAAUUAGAAUUACACGUAUAUUAUGGUGCCCUGAGAUUCUCCGACGACGAUAAUCAAAUCUGCUUCCUGGUUUGCUUCUCAAACAAUCGGAGAAGAAAGAAAAGCCCACGCAGAAUACCGCAACACGCGCACGUGGGUUCUGCUGCAAACUACACAAUGGGCUCAACAAAUGGCUUAGCCAGUGCACAUGGGAAGCAACCUCUAUUUUCUUUUGGGGUAAUCUCCGAUGUCCAGUAUGCUGAUAUUCCUGAUGGCCGAUCUUUCCUUGGUGUUCCACGAUAUUAUCGCCAUAGCAUUUUUGUAUUGAAAAGAGCAGUUCAAAAAUGGAAUGAUCAGAAGAAGCAUAAAUUUCUGAUCAACUUUGGGGAUAUUGUUGAUGGUUUUUGCCCAAAGGAUCAGUCACUCAAUGCUGUAACGAAUGUUGUGGAGGAAUUUGAGAAUUUCAAUGGCCCCGUCUAUCAUAUGAUUGGUAAUCACUGCCUCUACAAUCUUCCCCGCAAGCAAUUACUACCACUAUUAAAGAUUCCGAGUAUCGAUGGUCGUGCCUACUAUGACUUUUCACCAACCCCAGAAUUCAGAUUUGUUGUUCUGGAUGCCUAUGAUAUCAGUGCCAUUGGUUGGCCUCAAGAUCAUCCAAGUGCAAUUGAGGCUUUGAGGUUUCUACAGGAGAAGAAUCCAAAUACAGACAAGAACAGCCCGGCUGGACUGGAAGGCCUUGAGAGAAGGUUCCUUAUGUUCAAUGGAGCAGUUGGAAAAGAACAAUUGGAAUGGUUAGACAGCAUUCUUCAGGAAGCAACAGAGUUGAAACAAAAAGUAGUGGUUGGUUGCCAUCUGCCUUUAGAUCCUGGAGCGUCAUCCAAAGAAGCACUUUUGUGGAAUUAUGACGAAGUCAUGGGUGUUAUUCACAGAUACAAUUGCGUGAAGGUUUGCCUUGCUGGGCAUGACCACAAAGGUGGUCACUCAAUUGAUUCCUGUGGAGUACAUCACAGAGUUCUUGAAGCUGCCCUUGAGUGCCCACCUGGGACAGAUGCCUAUGGAUAUAUAGAUGUUUAUGAUGAUAAGCUAUCUCUUUCUGGUACUGACCGGAUGGCAAGCACUGACAUGCAAUUCAAUCCUCAAUCAGACUUUCGAGAAAAACAGCAUCAAAGGUUGUGAUUAAUUCUUCCAAAUCUGGUGCAGACUGUAUGUAAUGUUAUUUUGACAUCUGCGAUUAUGUACUAAGUUAUGCACAAGCCUCAAAAGCCUCCGUCCCCUGCACAUAUUUGGGAUUGUAGAAAAGUUAUUCAUGUUUCUAUAGUCCCAUUGGAACGCCCCACAGAGUCUGUUUUCUUGACACCACUGUACACAAGUAUUUGUGAUUGAACAUCUUCGUCCUGAUAGUUGUCAAAAUAAAAUUUUCCCAUGAGCCUUGGAAUGCAACUUUCUGAGCUGUGUAUGCUUUUUUGGUGGUAAUACUGAUCAGUGGAACAAAAAUUUUUACAA